GCGCGACCGCGGACACAGUGGGAGAAAACCGACUGUGACUUACGGCGUGGGAGCCGCGAGCUGAGUGGUGUGGCGUCUGGGCCCGUGCCGGUUACUGCCCUGUGAGAGCGGCGCGGGGAUGAGCGCGUCUCCCCACGCGGAGACGAUGGUAUGAUCCAGCGGCACUUCCGGGAGCCGAGCAGCGAGACGAGCACAUAUGUAAAAUGGAAAAUUUUGUCCUAUAUGAAGAAAUUGGAAAGGGAAAUAAAUCUAUAGUUUAUAAAGGCAGAAGAAAAGGAACUAUCAAUUUUGUGGCUAUUCUCUGCAUUGACAAAUCCAAAAGACCGGAGAUCACUAAUAGGGUGCGGCUCACUCAUGACAUUGAACACCAGAAUGUUGUAUUCUUCAAUGAAUGGUACGAGACUAGCAACCACCUGUGGCUAGUAGUGGAACUGUGCACAGGAGGUUCUUUGGAAAUGGUCAUUACCCAAGAUGAAUAUUUACAUGAAGAGGUUGUGAGAGAGUUUGGUGUUGACUUGGUGUCAGGCUUGCGCCACAUCCAUGAGUUGGGCAUAAUCUUCUGUGAUCUUAACCCUGCCAAGAUAUUGUUGGAUGGACCUGGCACUCUGAAGUACAGUAACUUCAGUCUGGCAAAAACAGAAGGAGAGAAUCUGGAGGAAUUCCUUUCUCUGAUUGGUACAGAGGAAGGAACAGAGGAGAUCAAUGAAAAUACGCAAAGAAGAAACACUAAAAGCCGGGCUCGAGGGUCUUUAAUGUACAUGGCUCCAGAAAUUUUGAAGGGUGAAGAUUUUUCUAAGGCCAGCGAUUUUUGGUCUUUGGGUUGUGUCCUGUAUGAGAUGUCUGCAGGAAAACCGCCAUUUUUUGCAGAAAACCUCUCUGAAUUACGUGAGAAGAUUUUGCAUGAAGAUCCACCGCCACCCAAGGCCAAAGGUUCAGCUGGCACAAUUAAACCUCUUGAGUUUCUCAGUCUAAUUCAAAGCCUGCUUCAGAAAGACCCCUCAAAAAGACUGGACUGGAAAGGCCUUCUGCAGCAUCCUUUCUGGAAAGGUGCAUUUGCCGGAAAUGAAGUGAUCGCCAGUGAUGAUAAUAACAGCAAUAACUCAAGUAACAAUGAAAAGAAUGAAAAUGUUUCAUCCUUCAACAUUGGUGAGCUGGGAGAGCCUGGUGGAAAGGAAAGCAUACAAGCAUCAAGUGUUCAUCUUGAGAGCAAUCGGCAACCAAAAUCAUACAAAAUAGAAAAUCCAGCUGAUUUAAGGCCGAAGAGUGCACUUGACAUAAAUUCCAAAGAAUCCAUCUUCCUACUCAGCUCCCAUCCAUCACCAAGAUCAAGCUCUACUUUAAACAAGAACAAUAUAGUUGCCGAUCCAGUUCCGAAUUCUCCAUUGAAAGGCUCCACUUUACCGCAGCUUGAAGCAUUGUUUACCAAUCAACAGGAUAUAGACUCACAAAUCAAAGGCCUUAUAUACACUGAUGCUGAUCUUACAGUGACCCCUAUUGUGGACAAUCCCAAGAUACUGAAGCAGAUGCCCUUGAAGUUUGACUCUAAAACGCUAAAUGUUCCAGCUUAUUCAGCUGACAAAUUGACAUCUUUAAAGGAACAGGAUUGGAAUGCUUUUGUGCAGCAGCUGUGCUUGCUGGUUGUUUCUGGAGAGAAGACUUCAGGGGCACCUCGAGUGAAGUUGAACUUGCUAUGCUAUCUGUGUACUGUGGUCAGCCACAAGGAGGUUGCUACAAAGCUAAUGGACUCACAGCUGUUUCCACUGUUAAUACAGCAGCUGCGAGCGGCUCCAAAUUGGGAUGUUCGUGCCAAGGUAGUUCGUCUAAUUGGGUUGUUAGCCUGUCACACAACUGAACUGAAGGAUGAUGUACAAAUUUCAGAGGCUGCGACUGUGCUAACUGAGCUGAUACGAGAGAACUUCAGGAACGCUAAACUAAAACAAUGCCUGAUGCCUGCACUGGGAGAACUCCUGUAUCUCGUGGCCAGCCAGGAGGAGAAAAGACAGCACCCAAGAGACCACUGGGUCAUUCCUUCCACUGCCUACAUUGUGCUAAUGAGAUGCCUUCGGGAAGGGGAAGAUCCAGUUACUAAUCACAUAGCUGCAAAGAUUGUGGAGAAUGUCUGCACCGCUAACUCAUCUCUUGCUCAAGGAUUCCUCACUGGAGAGAUCGGUCUGUUACUUUGGUACCUUUUUACACACUCAACUGUGGAUUCAUUGCGGGUGACAGUCAUUUCAGCUUUGUGCAGGAUUACUCGCCACUCUGCUAGUGCCUUUCAAAGUGUCAUUGACAAGGUCGGCUUGACAGCAGUGCUGAACUCCCUAGUGACUGGAAUAAGCCGUGUUCAACAGUACAUGUUGACUAUGUUUAUUGCAAUGUUGUCAUCUGGUGUGCACUUGCAAAGAUUGGUGCAGGAAAAGGAUUUUGUCACAAAAAUUGUCCGUUUAUUGGAGAGUCCUUCCACAGUAAUUCGAGCAAAAGCCUUCUUGGUCUUAUUGGAAGUGUUAAAGAACAAUAAAGAAAUGCUGCUGCUCUGUUGCCAGACAAGACUUGUGAUGUAUAUUGAAAGAGACAGCAGAAAAGCCACACAAGGGAAGGAACAACAAAACAGCAAUGAAUACAUGUCAAAAUGUCUGGAUCUCCUAAUCUGUCACAUCGUACAGGAACUGCCAGGAAUCAUAGGUGGUAUUAUUUCUGCACUCUCCAGUGUUGCUGGACGUAAACAUCCAUCAACUGUUCAAGCCAAACAUUUGAAGAUGUGCCUUCCUAUGAUGCCUGUAGUUCUUCAUCUUGUGACAGCUCAGGUGUUCCGGCCCCAGAUUGUAACAAAGGAAUUUCUUGUCAACUGGGGUUCGUUGCUUACUCACAUUAAAUCGGUGGAUUGUGGGGAAACUAAUUUAGAUAGUGCAGUAGGUCAGACUGCUUCAGACGAAUUUAUCAGAACGGUCUUCUCAGCAUGGGAGGCUAUUACCCAACAUCCAGCACUUCUAAAUGCUCAUCAUUCUACAGUUGUUGACUGCAUUCUCCCAGCCUUGGUUUCAUUGGUGCUUAGUCAGAAUGUGGAGUGGCGGAUCUUCACCUUGCGUUUGUUGGCAGAAACUGCAUUGCUGUUGGUGAACCAAGAGACUAUGUCUGAAGAGAAAAGGGAGAAGCCUUCUACAAAUGGCAAACUGCUGUCUCUCAUGAAGGAAUAUCUGCUCCCUCAUUAUGACCAGAUCUUGAUGGAGCCUGACCCAGUGCCAGUCUAUGCCUUGAAGCUGCUUGUUUCACUGACUGAACUUAGUCCUGCUUUUAUCAGAUUGAUAGAAGAAAGCCAACUUGUGACCACUCUUUUCCAAGUGAUUUUGGAGCACCAAGACAACGUGCUGGGCAGCGCCAUGCAAAAUGUGGUAUCGUUGUUCAACAAUCUGAUUGCCAGCAAAGACGCCAAUAUGAAAUUAUUCUACGAACAAGGUCUUGUUGAUUAUGUCUGCAACUUGCUCAUUGAAAGCACAGCCCUGUACUUUGAAACGGAUGACAAAAACAGCACCAAAAUGGCCAGCACUCUGCUGUUGUCUUUAAUUGAUAUCCUGCACUGUAUGCUGAAGCACACGUCCAAUAUUGUCCGCAUUGCUUUGCAGGCACAGAAAUCAGGCUCGGGAGAGGACACCCAGGCUGCCGAAAACCUUCUGCUUAUCAAUAAACCCCUGACAGACUUAAUUAGUCUGCUUAUUCACCUGCUCGCCAGUGAUGAUCCAGAUGUGUUUGAAGGCUCAACUCAGUGUCUCUCACUCAUGGUGCAGCUGUAUGGUGGAGAAAACCAAGACAGUAUGUCGCCAGAAAAUAUUGAAUCUUUUGCAGAUGCAUUGAUAUCUAGACAGGAUCCAAAACAGCAGAAACUUCUACUCAGGAUUAUCAAAAGAUUGGUAAGCUCUAAUGAGAGACACACAGAAAGCCUCAAGAACGAAGGGGACCCUCUUAUUCAAACCCUAAAGAAAUUGGUCCAGACUGCCAGCUCACGUGCUGACAUUGCUGUUGCAUCCUUGGCCUCCGAAAUCCUGAAAGCUGUUGAUCACUGAACAGGAAGCUGCUGCAAGAUAAAUGUACACUGUAAAUUAAAAUUGAAGGGGAGGGGGGGCUUUCUUCCUCAGUGUUGUGUGAGUUUAGCCAUGUUGUGUGAGUUUAAUAAUUAAUUAACAUUAGGACAAUUCCUGGAAACAAAAUUUGAAAUGAGAGGGGGAAAUAUGUUUUUUUUACCAGUGAAUAAAAUCUAAUUUUUUUAAAUUGUAACAAAUAAUGAACUUUGUUCUUUAAUAUUUUCCAUCCAACAAUGUAUUUUUCAAUCACUUUCAAUACAUUGUGCUUGCGUGUCUCUGAUAUGAAUGAUACUCACUGUACAUGUCUUGAAAAAUAUUUGCUUUUUCUCCACCCUUUUUUGUGCCAUCUAGAGUUAAUUUCCUUAUUACAGAGAAAGAAAUCUAUUGAUGCUCAUUAAACUAAGUUAUUUUUAUAUAUUGUUAUUGUUUUUAUAUUUUCCUGUCAAUACCUUUCUGAAACCGAUAUAGCAACGUGGCUCUUUGUUUAACUCCAUGAAGCAGUCCCAUUUUUAACUGUUAGACCAGCUGAGGACCAGGGAAUUCUGUGCUUCCCGGGCUGGCUGUUUUUUAUACAGGUUUUAGCUGUCAUGCAGUGGCAUUGAGACUCGUUGCAGAAAUAAAACUACACAGAUGUCAGGAGUAGCUUUAUUAGUGUAAUAAAUAUUGUGUAAUACUGUUGAAAUCUGUUUUCUCUAUCAACAAUUUGAAAUAAAACUGAAA